AUGGUGCAACCAAAAAUUCAAAAAUCCAAGCGUAAGCAAGUUCCAGCAGCCCCAGACCAAACAGCAAGUUCGUCUAGUCGCGAAGCCGCAACCACGUUUCCGAGCAACCUCUCAAAAGUCAUCGACAACUACAACUCUCUGAUCAAUGAAAUUUACAGACAACUCGAAAAGAAAAGGCACCCCUGGGCUCAAUAUUUCAAGGCUCUCGUUGAUGUUAGGAGUCAUUCUCAGGAUUUACAAUGCACCCAAUCCUCCGCGAGCGCGAGAUUAGCCAUACUCGAGGAUCAUCACAGAUUCAUCGAAGACUUUUUAAGCAAAGUCCCGAAGCACACCUUUACUCCAAAUUUCGAAGAACUCGGUGAUAAUUUACGUCGUGAGCAGGGUUCAGAGCUCAAAAAGCACGCCGCACGUAUGAGAUGGAACAGGUUUAAGGCGAAGUUCAUUACCAAAAAGGCGAAAGCUAUUGUAGAAACCAGCGGCUCACAAGGACAAGCUGAGGAGGGAGUGGCAUCAAAAGGAGCGAAGAAGCGAGCUGCAGAUGAUGAGGACAAGCAUGUACCUGCCAAGAAGCAAAAGGCAACGAACGAGCAUGUCAGCGAAGAUAGUUAUGAUAAUUUGGACUAA